AUGGGCACCUCGAGAAAGUUUCAUACAAAGACGCGGAAUGGAUGUAUAAAUUGCAAGAGGCGACGGGUCAGGUGUAAUUUGCAAGCACCACAAUGUCAUCACUGCAAAAGACGUGGCGAAGAGUGCAGUUUUCAACUCAAAAACAGCGAUGAAGAAGAGGCCAGCGAAGCAGACAACCAAAGAUACCUUCAAGAUGGCGAUGAUCAGCACGAUAGAGACAAUAGGCAACAGAGCAUAUCUUCACCUGUCUCGCGCAGCCAACCCGGACCUUCAAGAGUCUCGCCAACCCAAUGGCCAAACCUUGAUAUUGAACAGUCUCAACUCAGAUGGCACUACAACACGUUUGCAGCCAACUCCCUCGCCCUCUUACAAGAAGAUCCGCGCCGCGUCAAAUUGAUUUGGAAAGGCGAGGUAUCCCUCAAAGCCGAACACGAUCCCUGGAUCGAUCAUGCCACGAUGGCGAUUGCUGCUUUACAUAUAUGUCAUCUAGAACCCCCCAACCCCGAAAACUAUUAUACCGCCGCUUAUAAGAACUAUCGCAAUGCGGUAGUCGCUUUUCCAAAGGCAGUCAAGGACAUGAAUCCUCAAAAUAGCGUGGCGAUAUUGUCCUUUUCACUGCUUAUUUUGAUGUUCCAGCUAGGUAUCUCGUGUGUCCCUGGCGCAGGACCAAUGUCCGAUGCCUUUCCAACCGUGGAUGCAUACAAUGCAAUCUCCGCUUUACGAGGAACCUGGUCGUUGAUCGAUCAGCUCGGCCCUCAUCUCCAGAAGAGUCAUUUGAGCGCUCUAUUCACACACCGAAAACACCUCCGCUUCGAAGUGCUAGACGAAAGCCACGAAAAGAUGAUAGAAUUUCUUACCAACCUGAAUGACACCGUUAAAUACGGACAAGCAAACACAAUAAGUCGCAGCGAUAUCGACCGACAAACCUGCUCGCAAGCCCUCACCGUCCUCCGGUUUUGGUUCAGUAUCAUGGCUGCGAAGUUACCGACUACAUGGCUGUUGUUGGUCUGGUGGCCCGCCGGGGUUUCUCCCGAAUUUUUGCUGUUGUUAAAGAAUAAGGAUCCGAUGGCGCUGAUUAUAGUUUGUCACUGGUGUGCUGGAAUGCAUCGUAUCCCGAUGAAAUGGUACCUGGAUGGAUGGGCGAGACGCAUGUUGAAGGCCAUGAUGGACUUGUUGGGCCCGGACUGGAAUUUUGCGCUUCAGUGGCCUAUGGAGGAGGUAUUUCAAGCAGAGAGCAGGGAAUAA